AUGCUGCACGAGGCGGCGCCCUGCACGUGCGGGCUGCUCUACGGCACCUGCGGCGGCGGCUGCUCGCUGAUGUUCGCCGCGUCGGCGGGGGACCACCGCAGCCACUACUACGAGCGCUGCGGCGGCGGCGGCGGGGAGGCCGGCUUCGGCACCGGCUCCUACGUGGGCUCGGUGGACUGCACGCUCUCGCUCGGCACGUCGUCCACGCGACGCGCCGAAGCGGGGGCGGCGCGCGCCCAGGCUCCUUCCGGGGCGCUCCACUGGGAUGCGGCGCCCGUGUCCAGCUGCAACAACGGCAGCAGCCAGCAGGAGGCUAACGCCGCGGGCGCCCGCCGGUGCGCCAACUGCGGCACGACCUCCACGCCGCUCUGGAGGAACGGCCCGCGCGGACCCAAGUCGCUGUGCAACGCGUGCGGGAUCCGGUACAAGAAGGAGGAGCGGCGCGCGGCGGCCGCUGCGGCGGCACCGGCGGCGAUGGCCUCGGACGGCGGCGUGGAGUACGCGCCGUCGUACGGGCACGCGCGGCAGCAGCAGCAGUGGGGCUGCUACGGCCCGGCGUCCUUCGGCAUGGUCGGCGACGCGGCCGGCGAGGUGGGCGGGCCGUGCCUGCCGUGGGGCCUCGGGGUCAUGCUGUCGCCGUCACCGGCGUUCGGGGCCGUCCGGGAGGUGCCGAGCCUGUUCCAGUACUACUAGGUACUACCACCAGCAGCUAGCGGAACGGUAGACUGCAAGUCCGAAGUCUCCUUUUCUCUUUCGCUCCUUUUGGCAACAACAAGAUGCUGUACUUGACCAACGACCUAGCGGCAUCAAAAGUCGGGGCACUCCUGCUCAUUUCUUUUUUCCUCUUUUGCUCGAGCAAAUUUCCAUGCAUGAUUGGCUCUUGUAUGAUUCUGACAUGGGUGGUUCUGUCUCCAUGUUUGAAUCUUGCUGCAUGGCGAUGAUCUGAUGAUGAGCUACUAGUCUGGCGUAGCCUUCAUUCGUUUGAAAAUCGAUACCUGCAAA